UUUUGCCUCUUUUUCUUCCCCCUCUUUCUCACAAACUUUUUUUUUUUUAUAUAUAUAUACAAAUAAAAAAAUAUACAUAAUAUGGGUUGUUGUAUUUCACAUUCUUACUUUGAAAAGGGUACUGUACAUGAAGUUACUUUAGAUGCUGAUGGUGUUGCCCAACGUGUGCCCAAGGGACAAGGAACUCAUUUUAUCCAUAUCUCACCAAAUAAUGAAACUCAUUUAGAGGAAAAGUCUGACCAACCUUCGCUUCCUGCGCCUACACAUAACAAUGACACUAAUAAAUGGCCUUCGCUCACAACACCACCAAGCUAUAAUAGUAAAGUAGCUCCAUCAUCUGAAAUCAAGGAAGAAAAACCUACAGCAUAAAUGACGUGCUUGUCAAAAAAAAAAAAAAAAAAAUAAGAAUCUCAUUCUAUAUUUUUGUAUCAAAGUAAAACACAC